CAAGCCCAUGCUGCCAUAGCAAUGAAAAUAUUUAAAGAAAUAACUUAAUAAUAAGAUCUGGCAUCACCUAAUCUAUCUGGUUGCUAGGAAACGGAAGUGCGCCACAAUAGCCGGUAAGCGAAAAUUACGCUUUCACAAGUUAUCGCAUAAUUUUCGGGCAUAAAGAAUUUGUUAGCAUCAUAAAAAUACCUAUAAGAUGUCGAAAGGCGUUAUUUGCUUUGAUAUAUCCAAAAAUGAACGUUUUCAAUUGUCGGAUAACUAUAAAAUGCUGCACCGCAAACUGAAAAUUCAUUGGAAAGUUGAGCAAAACGAUGUGGAGUUGAAGAAGGAAAAGCUACAACGUGUUACUAUUUUUGUGUUGGCCGGACCACAAGAUCGCUUUACCGAAGAAGAAUUUCAGGUGCUGAAAGAAUUUGUGGAAAAGGGUGGUCGGCUGUGGGUGAUGCUCGGCGAAGGUGGCGAACAGGAAUACAAUACAAAUGUUAAUUUCUUUUUGGAACAAUACGGCAUUUACAUUAAUAAUGAUACUGUUGUUCGGCCGCACUACUACAAGAACUUUCAUCCGAAGGAGUGCAUUAUCGGCGGCGGCGUAGUUUGUGAGUCCAUGUGGCGCCAUCUGAUCAAGCAAGAUGUGGAAAUUGUUGAUUUUGAUUUUAGCGAUGAGAAGCAUAAAAUACAUUUUCAAUAUCCAUAUGGCGCAACUUUAAAUGUUUCUGAGCCAGCGAACAUAUUGCUCAGCACGGGUCCUGUCGUUUAUCCCUUCAAUAGACCCUUGGCUGGCUACUACACCAAUGAGCGUGGCGGCAAGAUAUUGGCUAUUGGUUCGGGCUACAUGUGGCAUGACAAAUAUUUGUCAAACGAUAAGACGAACGACGCACUUCUGGAAUAUUUUGUACAACUUUUGGGCGGCAAUGAGAUACAGUAUACGCAUUUGGAUUUUAAUGAUGUGGAGAUAAACGACAACAAGACUUUCACUGACAUCGCAUUCAUAGCUAAUCGCCCAAAAGCGUGUCUUGUUGACUCAAUUGGUGGCACACAAACACCAGCAGAUUUUAAGCAAAUGUUCGACAUGACCCUCUACUCGCUGAGUAAUCGCCUGCUGAAGGAUGUAAUGGAAACUUAUGAGCAAUUAAAUGUUAAGUAUGAGCCAUUAAAAAUAAUUAAACCACAAUUUGAGAUACCGUUACCGCCGUUGCAACUUGCCACAUUUCCGCCAAUCUUCAGCGAACCGCCUGCGCCGCCACUCGAACUUUACGAUUUGGAUGAUGUAUUCAGCGCAGCACGCACACAACUCGCGCAAAUGACUAGCAAAUGUGUGCAAUCCAUAACUGCGAAGGAUGCACACAAGCCGCUGAAUAUGCGUGAAUUAGAAAAUUAUAUCAAAGAAUGCGCGCGCAUCACGGGCAUCAUACACGAGCAUCAAGAUGUUGCAGCACGUGAGAUACUAAAUAUACUUGCGCAUCAGAUUAUUAGCUAUAAGCCAUAUGCAGAUGAGUAAGCCGAGCAGAAGAGGAAAAUGCAGGAAGAGCAGUUUUUUUCCAUUGCUUGCACUGUGUGAAUCAAACUCAUAUUCAGCCUGUUAAGCGCUCCAUUUGAAACCCAAACAAAUUCCAAAAGCAAUGCUUACAUUUUCAUUUUUUGCACCUAAAUCAAGGAGUUGGCACUUUUUUCGUUGAUUUUUUGGCUUAUUAAGUGUACCUACAGGUAAGUACGCUCAUGUUUUUUUUGCAUGCUUCAGUUGAAAGUUGAUCGCAGUAUGUGUAAACAUGCAUGGGAUUCGAAUUCAGUUUGAAAUUGUAGGUUUUUUAUUGUCUGAAAAAAGUUUAU